AUGCCUGAAGGUUUUCAGUCACUUAACCAGACAUUGCCAUCUGCUAUAAGUAGCAUAGCUCAUUUGGAAUCCCUUAAUGACAGUUUCAUUUUAGGUGCAAAGCAAAGUGAAGAUGUAUCCCCUGGGUUAGAAAUACUGGCUUUAAUUUCUGUCACAUAUGCUGUUAUUAUUUCUGUCGGUAUCCUUGGAAACACAAUACUUAUAAAAGUAUUUUUUAAAAUCAAGUCAAUGCAGACUGUUCCUAAUAUUUUCAUCACCAGCCUGGCUUUUGGAGAUCUUCUUCUACUGCUGACCUGCGUGCCAGUGGACGCAUCUCGGUAUAUAGUGGACACGUGGAUGUUUGGAAGAGCUGGCUGUAAGAUCAUUUCCUUCAUACAGCUUACCUCUGUCGGAGUAUCUGUGUUUACUUUAACUGUCCUCAGUGCUGACAGGUACAGAGCCAUUGUGAAACCCUUGCAAUUGCAGACCUCAGAUGCUGUUUUGAAGACAUGUGGCAAAGCUGUUUGUGUUUGGAUCAUUUCCAUGCUCCUUGCUGCUCCAGAAGCUGUGUUCUCAGAUUUGUAUGAAUUUGGCAGCUCAGAAAAAAAUAGCACUUUUGAAGCCUGUGCUCCAUAUCCAGUCUCUGAAAAGAUUCUGCAAGAGACACAUUCCCUAAUAUGCUUCCUGGUAUUCUACAUUGUUCCCCUGUCAAUCAUUUCUGCAUAUUACUUCCUUAUUGCAAAAACCCUGUACAAAAGUACUUUCAACAUGCCAGCUGAAGAGCACACUCACGCCCGAAAACAGAUAGAAUCGCGCAAACGAGUGGCAAAAACUGUGCUGGUUCUGGUGGCGCUAUUUGCUGUGUGUUGGCUCCCUAACCAUAUGCUCUACUUGUAUCGAUCCUUCACAUAUCACUCCGCAGUGAAUUCCUCUGUGUUUCACCUGUCAGCCACAAUCUUUGCGCGAGUACUGGCUUUCAGCAACUCGUGUGUGAACCCAUUUGCUUUGUAUUGGCUAAGCAGGAGCUUUAGGCAGCAUUUUAAAAAGCAACUGUAUUGUUGUAAGACUGAACCUCCUGUAUCCCAACAAAGUCCGACCCACAGCAGUACCAUAACUGGAAUUACCGCUGUGAAAGGCAACAUCCAGAUGUCUGAAAUUAGCAUUACAUUAUUAAGUGCUUACGAUGUAAAGAAAGAGUGACAGUGUCGCCAAAUAAGUUAUAAAAAGUUUAUAAAACUUACUGUUAACAAAAGAUGGAUAAAGUUUUUGUUGCUGCA